GGAAUUAUGACAAAACUAAAAAUGACGAAUCAUCUUUAAAGAGAAAGGCCUCUGAAUCAGAAGGUUGUUUCAGCAGCUGGCAGGAACAAGUGAAGAACAGAAAUCCAGAUCUCACGGGCAAUAAUUGACCAUCUUUCUCUCAGACCUGGACAAACUCACAGCCUGGAACAGCCACAGGAAGGCAGACGGCUGUAGAUAACGACUGAGCUGUGCCAACACCCUGAACCCCCCCACUCCCCAGGUGGAAAUAGGACAUGCAGUAGCUGCGGUUUCGACGCUAACCGUAUUCCACACCCGGACGUGAACAUGAGCGCCACCGCGGCGAAUCACUCGGACUGCCCCGAGGUGAAGGUCCCCGUGCCUCUCUUCUUCACCAUCGGCGUGGUGAGCCUGGCGGAGAACCUGCUGGUCGUGGUCGCCGUCAUACGCAACAGGAACCUCCACUCGCCCAUGUACUGCUUCAUCUGCAGCCUGGCGGCCUUCAACACCAUCGCCAGCCUCACCAAGACCUGGGAGAACCUGAUGAUCGUGUUGGCCAACGGGGGACACCUGGAGAAGAAAGGGCCCUCCGAGACCAACCUGGACGACGUGAUGGACUCCCUGCUGUGCAUGUCGUUCGUGGGCUCCAUUUUCAGUUUCAUGGCCAUUGCUGCAGACCGUUACAUCACCAUCUUCCACGCCCUCCGCUACCACAACAUCAUGACGAUGCGGCGCACCAAGACCGCGCUGGCCGUCGUCUGGACGACGUGCGGCGUGUCCGCCGUGCUCAUGGUGCGCUUCUUCGCCUCCAAGCUCAUCAUGAUCCUCUUCGUCGUCUUCUUCGUCGUCUCCCUGGCGAUCAUCUGCUUCCUCUACGUCUACAUGUUCAUGUUGGCGCGCAUCCACGCCAGGAAGAUCGCGGCCCUGCCCGCCGUCGGCGGCGGGAAGUGUCGGCGUCGGAGGCGAUGGGGCGGCGGCACGCGAGGGGCCCUGACCCUCACCAUCCUGUUCGGGGUGUUCGUGGUGUGCUGGGCGCCGUUCUUCCUCCACCUCGUCAUCAUCAUGGUGUGCCCCGCCAACCCGUACUGCGAGUGCUACCGCUCGCUGUUCCAGCUGCACGUGUUGCUGCUGAUGAGCCACGCCUCCAUCGACCCCGCCAUCUACGCCUUCCGCAGCGCCGAGCUCAGGCGCACCUUCAGGAAGAUGCUGCUGUGUUCAGAGUGGAAGAGGUGCAGGUAGAGGGGGGCCGUGAUACGCACCUGGGGGCCAACAGUACUCACACACCUGGGGGCCGUUAUACGCAGCUGGGGGCCAACAGUACUCACACACCUGGGGGCCAUGAUACA